AUGAAAGAAGGGAAAUCUGGCAAGUCGAAUCAUUACCAAGACCAAGAUGAACAGAUUCACCACCAAAAGAGUCACCUUGGUUCUUUCAAAUUCGCCAAACUGUUCGAUUCUGAAGCUUCAUGGGACAAGGACCAACUAGGAGAUGUGUUGCAUUGGAUCAGGCAAGUGGUUGGAUUACUCUGUGGAUUGCUUUGGGGUGCCAUUCCUUUGGUUGGUGGCAUCUGGUUACUUCUAUUUCUGGCAAUAUCUUCGGGUAUAGUAUACGGUUACUAUGCAUUGAUUCUGAAGAUCGAUGAAGAAGACUAUGGUGGUCAUGCAGCUCUGCUUCAGGAUGGUCUAUUUGCUUCUCUAAGUGUAUUCCUGCUUGCGUGGAUUCUGGUGUAUAGCUUGUCUAGCUUCUAA